UGGAACAUUUUGUUGGCAGUUGUCUUGGGGGAAUUAUGCAUCGUUUAACAUUGUUAAUGACAUUUUGAACAAAAUCUCUUAUUUUUGUUUCAAACAUAAAUGUGCAGUUACCCCAAGGCCACAAUUAUCCGCUAAAGAAUGAAGUCUUGGAAGAUCAUUGGUGCUUUGCUAGCAUCUUGGUUGGUUAUUCUAAUUUAUAUGAGUAACUCAUUUAGUUCAGACAACAAUAAUGCCAAUGAUUUGGAAAGACAGUUAAAGAGAGCACUCAGGGAGUUGGAACAAUUAAAGACUCAAAACAAUCAAUUAAAAUCAGUAGCUGAAGAUUUAAGAAAGGUGAAAUUAAAGUCUGGUGGAAGCAGUCAGCUUAAAGAAAUAGAGGAUAGAUUUAAUAAAAUAGACAAUGAAAACUCCAAGGCUGAAGUCAAAGAUACAUGUCGAGCUGGUGUUUACUCCUUGGCACAUGAACUACAACAGAGGAAGGUUGACAGAGAUAUUACUGAGUUCUGGUUCUAUAUGAAUACUAAACUUGAAAGAUUAAAAACUAAUGGAAAUCAUGAAGUAGCUGGAGAUAUCCUAAAACGUGCUCAAGAUUAUCAAAGAACAUUAAGAAAUGAUAUGCAGUCAUUGUAUGAUACUGAUGAAAUGGACAAAUGGAGAGAGAAAGAAGGAAAAGAGCUAGGAGAAUUAGUACAGAAAAGGCUUCACUAUAUUCAGAACCCAAAAGACUGUAGUAAGGCAAAGAAAAUUGUGUGCAAUCUCAGUAAGGGGUGUGGUUAUGGCUGUCAGUUACAUCAUGUGGCAUACUGUCUCAUCACUGCAUAUGCUUUAGAGAGAACAUUGGUAUUGGAGUCCAAAGGUUGGAGAUAUGCUGCAGCAGGAUGGGAGUCUGUCUUUCUACCAUUGAGUAACAAUUGUAUUGACAGACAGGGCCAAGGAGCUAGGCAUUGGUCAGAUCCAAGAAAUUUAGUGAAUGAGAUGGCAAUAGAGAUGCCAAUUAUUGACAGUUUACAUCCACGUCCUGAUUUCCUGCCUUUAGCUGUUCCUGAGGACCUGGCACCUCGUCUUACCAAAUUACAUGGGAAUCCAUCUGUAUGGUGGAUUGGUCAGAUAGUUAAAUAUCUGACACGUCCACAACCACAUCUACAAAAAGAUAUAGCAUCAGUUAAUCAAAGAUUGAAAUUUUCUGGUCCAAUUGUAGGAGUACAUGUAAGAAGAACAGAUAAGGUGGGAACUGAGGCAGCCUUUCAUGGUAUUGAUGAGUAUAUGAAACAUGUAGAAGAGUACUUUGAUUUAUUAGAGACCAGACAGACAGUAGAAAAACGGAAAAUAUUUUUAGCUUCAGAUGAUCCAUCAGUGGCUACUGAAGCUAGACAAAAAUAUCCUCACUAUGAGAUAAUAAAUGAUCCAGACAUUACCCAAUCAGCAGGACUCAACAAACGUUAUACUGAUGAAUCAUUACGAGGAAUCAUUUUAGACAUCCAUUUCUUAUCACUGUGUGAUUACUUAGUCUGUACCUUCUCAUCACAGGUUUGUCGUGUUGCGUAUGAAAUGAUGCAGACAAUGUAUGGUGACGCCUCACCAAAAUUUAAAUCGUUAGACGAUAUAUUUUACUUUGGUGGACAAAAUGCCCACAAUGAGGAGGUUGUAGAGAGACAUGUAGCACAAAGUAAUAUGGAAAUAGAUCUAGAACCUGGUGAUUUGAUUGGAAUAGCAGGGAAUCAUUGGGAUGGUUUUUCUAAAGGUUUAAAUAGACGGACAGGAAAAACAGGAUUGUAUCCUUCUUAUAAAACAAAAGAUCAUGUGACAACUUCUAAAAUGCCAUUGUAUCAUCAGGUUAGAUAACACCAAACUGUAUAGUUAUAGCUGAAGUUAAUAUUGGGCCAGGUGCUAUCGUGUUAUUAAAUAAUUUCCAUACAUAUUAAUUUAUUUUUUAGUCAGUUCAUUGUUAUUGUUAACAAAUUUUAUGUAUUUUGCAAGUUUUAAUUUUAAUAGCAAUUGCUAUUUUUAAACUACCACAAUUUUAUUCCAGAUUGCAUCCCUAGAAUUAGUCCCCCCUUUUUUUAAUUGAGUCUAUUUAAUAGGUAAUGAUCAGACAGAAUGACCUUUGUUUUGCUUUUAUAAUUAGAUCAACAUCAUUAUUUUUAAAAACACUUGUAUUUAAUCCAUAACUUUUUCUUUGUAACUGGUAUUUUCAGUUUACUUAAUCAAGUUGAAAAAUAGUUUAGUUGUACUCUCAGGUGAAACAGCGUGUUUCUUAAAACAGAUACCCAAGAUGAUUUUUUUUUUUGUAUUAUCAGGAAGGAAUAUUAACAAUAGUUUUAUUCAUGUAUAGAAAUGACAAAGUUAAGAUCACAGUUAAUUAUAUUCAUUAUUAACAAACAGCAUUGGACUUUAUCAGCAUUUUAUCUGCUUCAUGUCUAAUCAAGAUUACGUGCAAGGCUUUAGAUAUUUAGAGAACUUGAAAUCAUUUUCUGUGAUUUUUCUGUGUGUUGUAAUUUAUAUAUUGUUAUAUGAUUCUGUCAUCUCUAGUGGGAUGUUUAAUGUGAUAUGAUAUACUGUAGAUUCAGAAAUUAUUGCGUGCAUUUAUAUAUACUAUUGUUGAUAAAUGGACACAUAUUCAAAAUAAUUGUGAUUUCUGGAAAUGCUAUCAAAAUUUGAAAUGCAAGUUUUCAUUACUGCAACAUCCUAUCUUGUCUCAAUUUUUGCCAUAAUAAAAAAAAUCGCAAAUAUCUCUGAAUUUACAGUAUCUUUAAUGAGUUUUAAGUUUUUAUUGUGUCUGAAUAUGUCUUCUGCGAAAAGGAAAGUUCAAUAUUAGAAAGCUUAAAAAUAACUUCCACUUUUUUUUAAUAAAUGAUCAAUGAGAUCUACGAUUUUGAUUGUGAUAUUAAUCCACAUAUGAAUGUUAAGUCUCCCUUUCAAACUAUUGUCCUACUGGAGGUCUGUGGUUUUCUCCAGGCACCCUGGCUUCCACCACCAAUAAAAACUGACCACCACGAAAUAGCACAAUAGUGCUGAAAUUGGCAUUAAACACCAAUCAAUCAAACUAUUGUUUUAAGGCAAAGUAUACCAAAUUCGGCAUUAUUUAGGAUUUUCAUAAAAUUUUGUUAGCAUUAAGAUCUUGUUGAACUGCACCUAAAUAUUGAAAAUAUAUAUAUUGGUACCCCCACGGGUAGUAUUUAUGCUUCAUCUUAAAUUAUCAAUGAUCAUUAUAUGCAGGUCAAAUUCAAUGUUUGCUAUGGCGCUUUCUACUCUUCAGUAGUUAAGUUGAAAUUAAAAACAAAAUAAAAAAUUAUAUGGUAUUAAGAUGAUAUUUUCCCCUUUUUUUUAUGAUUUUCCUUAUUAUUUUGGGCAGUUGAUAAUUUUAGGAAAUAUGUAGACGUGUAAAAGAUCAGUUUCGGUAUAGCCAGCCACAAAAUUUGGAGAUCUAAAAUAAAAUUUCAUGUAUAUUCAACUUCUUUGAUCAUUAUAUUAUUAUAUACCUGAUUUUUUUCUGGUAUUUGUAUCAAUUCAACCUAUCCAGAUGGUUACCGGUAAAGUAAAUAUUAAAAUUUUUAUCAAUAUCAAACUAGCAAUUAGGGCAACAAAAAUAUAUGCUAUUUCCUGCUUCUUGGUAGAAAAAAUAGGGUGAAAAUAAGUAGGUAAAAGAAUUUAUUUUAAAAAUAUUUCACCAAGAUUAUACAGGGAAAGGUCCUGGAUUUUAUCAGCGCUUAACCAAAAAUGUCCGUUAAAUGUUUUAGGUUAGGCAUUCAAAUUUAGGGUAAGUAGUGAGGCAAGAAACCAGUACUAUGUUCUUUUUUGUAAACGAUAAAAAGAGAUCAAGUUGCAGUCCGGUUUUUAGAUUUUUUCAGAGGUAACAAUAUUUGUGGCUCUGUCAUUGUCAAAUUCAACCUGCGACCUUGCAACCUGAUGUCUCGCUUAAAAGGACCUGUGACCUUACUGUUUUAUUUAAAUGUUUUAUUUGCUUAAAAGUGAUAUGGAGACAUCUUCAAAUGUGACCUUGUGACCCUUACUGGAGCCACAUAUUUGAACAUGUGAUAAUCAGAUUAGAUCAGUUCAAUUGCAAGAAAACAUAUCUUUACCAGGAAGAUUUUUGUCAUUAUCUUUUCUAUUUACACUUUGUCAAAAAUUGAAUAAUGCUGAAGUGAUAUGAUACGAAAUAACUCUACUGGCCAAUUUGUUUUUUCUUCUUCACCAAUACGUAUAUAGUUAUCCAUGGGAAUGAGUUAUUCACUUUAUAAUUCAUAUUGAAUACAUUCCAUAUUUCAUUUUUAAGUUCAUGAUAUAUUGCUCACCAUUGUUUUCUGUAACCUUGGUUACAAAUUGUCACAUGCUACAAAUAUUUGGAGAAUUGAAAUACAUAAUGUUUUGCAAUACAUUGUUUCAUUCAAAUUAAUAAAAGCUUUAAUCUGUAUCAAUUUAAAAUCAUUUACAGUAGGUUUAUUGUUAUGGGUGUAAGAUAUUUAUGCUUUUUUGAAAGGGGAACUGGAUAAUUGCAGUUCAUUUAGAAUAGUAAAAUGUAUUUAUGUAUAGAUUUUUAAGGUCAGAAACACAGAAUGUCUGUUUACAUUAAAUGUAUGUGUCACAUAUAAAUGCCAACUUAACUUUUAUAAUUUAUAUCAAUGAAAGUUAACUGCAUGCAAGACUUAAUUCGUUUAUUUUUUCACAUUCACAAAUAAUCUUACAAUACAUAUGAAGGAAAGAUGUUAAUUUCAUGCAUCCUGUUGAUAUGUUAAACUUUCUAAUAGUAAAUGGUUGUUAAUGUAAAUGGUCAGAGGUAUUUCUUUUUUAUAAUAUAAAGACAGAUUUAUUUUUUUUGCUUUUUUUUUGUACUAUCAUUUUAUCACAAAUAAACAUUUUAUCACAAAUAUUAAUCUGUCACAAUUUUUAUUUAUUAAAGCUACCAUCUUUCUCGUAAUAUAAGGCCAUGUUGUAAUCAGUUUUCCACAUUAGGAGAAAAUUGUAAUGUGGUUCAUUUUGUGGAGUUUAAAUAUCACAAUUUUUUAGGCCACUCCAGUUUGUGAGGUUUAAUUUCAUAUUUUUCUUGUCUCUAAUUCACAAUUUUCUUUAAAAAUUAUAUUUAUGGGAGAAGUAAUUUUUGUGAAUUUACAUUAAUCGCAAAAUUUGUGUCGAAAAUAAACUGCUUUGGAAAAUUUCCCACUUUACAGCAUUGAAAUAAAUAUUAAUCAGUGACAUGUUUUGUUCAGGUGAUAUGACCUAAGAUUUAACUAUAUUUCAUUGGGAAAAAAAUUAUAUUCAACAUCCUAUAUUUUUAAACGCUUUAUAUAAAAUUCAUAUAGAGUGAACCUCUUGCAAUAGAAUUUAUUAACACUCCUAUGAUUUCAGUUGUAAAACCUCUGAUUGUUAUAGUACUACUUUUGUGAAAGAUUUGAGUUUAUGGCUACAUUUCAAAAACAAACUAAUUUGUUGAGGUGCUAAUGUCAAAUACACAGGGAAGGGGGGAGAUGUUGAAAAACAUUCAUUUUUCCAUCAGUGCUAAAAAUGUGUUAUGAGUGUAAUGCUGUAUAUUUUUAUGAAAGAUUGUUUUAACUGUUCAAUAAUUAAUAGUGUCAUUUUUAAAAGGUAGAUACUUUUAUUAUUAUAAAACAUAUUUAUACCGCUUUAAAAUGUUUUAAAAGAGAUAUUUUAAUUUAUUUUACAUACUAGAUUUUUAAAAAGAUGUUAUCAAAAAGGUUUUGUGUGAAGUGUGAUAGAUUGAAAGAUUUGUAUAUAUUAUAUCUGCUUAAAGGCGCAAAAUUUAUUUACACAAUUUCUUCACAAUUACAAAGAGACUAUGUUAUUAAAAAUGAUAUUAAUAUAUACUGUUUAUUGUAACUAUGUGUACAAAUAAGAGUAAUGUGGUAUGAAAAAAAGAAGAAACUUAAAAAUAAAUAUAAUGCCAUUAAAAAAAGAAUAGGCAAGUCUGCCAAAAGUCCAUGCUUUAAUAUAUAUUUUAAAUGGGAAGCUGGGUAUAUAGUUACUGUUUGCUUUGUAAUAUAAAAAUACACAGGGUUAUAACUCUAUCAAUUACCAUCCCGUCGACAAUUUUCAAAUUUAUAUUUGUCAAUAAUUUCUUAAGGUACCCGGUAUAUGCUUACAAGCUUUGAAUUAAGUUUUAUAAAAAGCAAAAAAAGAUUAGAGAAAAUUGUGAAGUGGUAAUAGAAAUACUUUGUUAUGACAUAUUUCAGAUGAUUUAAAUAAUUUCAUCACAAUAAUAAAAUAUUUUGACAAAUGUAUAUUCUAAUCUGUCCCCUUUUUUCAUCAAACUGAAAGCAUUGCAUGUAUUUUAAGCUUUCAUUUUAAUGUUUAAAUUGGUGCAUUGAACUUUACAUCAAUAUUGUUGAUUUGAAAAAAAAUAUUUAUGAGGGGUAACUUUCUCACAUUUAAAAUGAUUGCGAAAAUAACCAGAGCAUCAAAAUUUCAGAAUUUACAGUAUAAAUAUGAAGGUAUAUACCACUUCACAGGAGUGAAAGAUUUAAUAUUGUGUGUUUGUGUGUGUUUUUUUGUAAUGUUUUACAAUUGUGGUUGUAAAUAUUAUUUUAAGUCUAUAUAGCACUUUCACUGUAUUUCUUUUCUGUCUUGUAAACUUUUGUAAGACCUUUAUUUUUAAAUUUCUGAUCUCUCAUCCCACCUGUGACUUUAUUUUUCUCUUUUUCUUUUGCACUAAAAAUUUUGUUUUUAACUGUUUUAUAUUUUAUAUGGUAAAUUAAGAUUUGUCAACUGAAACUUAAUAUGUUUAUAGAAUGAAUAAUAGUUUACUAUUCUAUGUGUUUAGCAAUGUUGACAAGUUAGGUUAAAGCAAAAAAAUCAAAACUUUGUAUUAUACCGGAAGUUCUAGUAUUGAAAUAUACAAAUCAUUGCAUUGAUUUAAAAAGACAUCAGAACUGAUAUCAGCCUUGCUCACAUCAGAAGGAUGUUGUUUUGUAGAUACAUAUUACACUUGUAUAUUUUCAGGAGGCUAAAAAGGGAUUUAAUUCCUUUUCCUUUUUAAAUGCUUACAAUAAAUCUAUAAUCUAUAAAACUAUAACUGUCAGACCAAAGACCAAACAUAGGUUAACACAUAAAUUGUGUACUAAUUAUGCCUAAUGAUUAAUUACUUGAAGAUAUUUAUCA